UUAACACAUCAGAAUUAGUAGAGUGAGAAAAACAAUUAACUGAGAAUUCAACAGGAACUGAUUGAGUGCAAACGUUUACGAAAAAUGCAAAUCAUGUUUGGAACAAUUUUCUGUGUUUUAUUGAAAGAUUUAGUAUUGACAAAGGCAACUAUCACACUGAAGGAUUUUACCACUUCAAAUAUCCUCCAACAAGAAAAUGUUUCCAUGCGUCCGGAGUUAAAUUUUACGCAGAAUAUUUCAAUGUCCGAGAAAAGUGAUCAUCAUAUACUAAAUAUCAAAUCUGACCGGAGUCAUUCUGAUAGUACUGUAAGAAAUGAGCGGGAAGUCGAUGAAGCGAUACUUGCAAAUAUUUCUAUCAUCCCAGAAUCUAUUGAAAGCAGUUUGGACAAGCCAACAUCUCUCAGAGCAUUUGUACAAUAUGACAGUCAAUUUACAGAAAAAGUAAACGACAUUUUUGUGACAUUGAGAUGGAACCAACCAGAAUUUGCCGAUGAAAUAAUACAAGUGUACCAAGUGCAGUGUUCUUUCUUCGAGGACUUUAAAGAAACCUGCGACGAUAAAAAUAUCACAGCUACAAAAUUGGAGCACACGGUGCACAAUCUAUCAUCUAACACGACAUAUUAUUUUCGAGUACGUGCGCAUACUAAAAUUGUUGCUGGUCCUUACACGGAUUUAAUCAAUGUGUCGACUACACAUGAAAAUCCAAUACCUAAAUUAUUACUCAUAACGGAUCUAGAUACGAAAAUAUUGGACGUGGAUUUAAACGUUACUAAUUUCGUAAUGCAAGCAUAUAGAUCCAUUGUUUUUGCAAGAUAUGUCACUUAUUUGAUACAAGAACAUAGAAUUUAUUGGAGUAACGGAAAAGAUCUACUGACAUUGAAGAUUAAUGAAAAUAAUAUCACAAAAAUUGCUAGCUUUCCUAAUACUCUACAUAAUCUCUGCAUUGACUGGGUAGCAAGAAAUUUAUAUUUCACCUAUCAAUGGUCAGGCUAUUAUAUUGUAAAGUUUGACUUAACAAUGUGGGAAAAUGGCAUAAUUAAAUUUAAUGAGAUUCUCAAAGAAGAUAUUCCAAUCCAUUAUUUAAAUGUAUCACCGUUUAUGGGAAUAAUGUUUUAUAAUGAAUAA